AUGUCGGUGAACCGUCCUCCUCGCCCCGCGCAUGAUCAGAGGAGAAUCCCAAGACCGAAGCCAAGCGAAAGGCAACCUGCGCCAGGCCAGGAAUCAAUCGAUCGUCGACUAAAGCGCCUCAGAGAAGACGUCCUUCCUUUCUAUCCCUUUCUGCUCACUGUUCCUACCGAUGUGCCCUUUCGUCUUGGAGGUCGCUUUGUCAACAACUGGGCAGUGAGUAAUGAAGGGCCGUUCACUCCGGAGGAACAACAACUUCAGUACAUGACAUUCUUAACACACCACGAAGGAGACUCUUUAUUGGUGGCCGUUGGGGACUGGUCUGAUGGUAAGGGUGCCAUCAUGCCUGAUCGUCCUGAACCCCAAAGUGCGGCAAGCACGCCGUCGAGUGGGUCUAUCAAGAAGAAAAUCAGCCUAAAUGAUUAUAAGAAUAAGAGAAAGCCCGGGGAGUCGGCUUCCCCGGUCAGCCGGGAGAUUAACAACUACAAUGCUGGUGGUAUCGAUGAUGGCCAACGCGUCCUACGGGGCGAGUCGAUUGAGUACAGGCCUCACAAAAAGUCCAAUAAUCCCGCGUUGUCGCAAUUUGCUGGUCGGUCUGAUUUCGAAAGCGCAGAACGCAAACGACACCCCGAUUCUGAAAAUGGGCGUUCCGAGUCGCGGGAAAGGAAAGAACCAACCGUGACACAUUCGAAGAGACCAAGACUAUCACCAGAUGGUGUGUUGGAAACAAAUAAACCGGAGCGGUCCAAGGCGAGGGAACUCCCAGUUCUUCUUUCGCCGACUCUACCACCAACUACGGAUAGUCCCAGAUUACCUCGACUCUUGUCGCCUACUCUCCCGCCAGAUAUCGAGAAAGAAUUGGCCAGGUUAGAAGAAGGCCCUUGUUAUCUAAACCCGCCCCAGAUAAAACCUGCCACGAAUGCCGAGCUGGGAAAUGUUCAAUUCAACAAAGACAAGGACUGUGAUGACCGCGAUAAGCACCUGGCUUCAACCCUCACCAUCGGCCGGCGGGGAACAAACAGUAAAAGCUCAAUGCCCACCCUGAUGCCCGAUACCAGCGAUAUCCCACAGACGAGCUCAAUCUCCCCAGCAAGUGGCAAAUCGACCACACUCGACAUGUCUGGGAACCCACAUUUGGUUGUCAGAUUGAAAUAUGGCAGAUCAAAUAAAAAGCGCGUUGAGGCUCUUCUCAGAUUCUCUGGUAAAAGAAAACCGGCCCCAACGAAUUCCCCGAUCAAAGGCACGCUCGACUCUGAUUUCUCCCAAUUUACAAAAAUGGAACCAAACGCGGCCAAAACACCCGCACCAGAACCGCCCAACGGCCAAAUACAUCGCCCGGACCAUAAAGCAAAGCCUGUCGCGGCUACGCAGGGGAAUGUUUCCGCUGCAGAUCGGUCGGGGGAAUCAAGAGUGCAUCUUCCAGGAAAGUCCCAGACCUUGACGUCCCCCGCGUCAAACCCGCAGCAGCAGGAAAAAGCAAAGCGGGCUUCCCGAACACUGGGGAAGGAAGUCAAAGAUCUUAGUGCCCGGCCAGACAUGGUCGGCAUCGAGGAUAACACCCCACCCGCUGUGAAAGAUUCCGCAAUUGACUCCGUCGCGGUAGUGAAACUGUCGCCUUCUCGUGCUGGUGACCGACGGGCCUGGAGGGAUGAGUAUCAGAAAUACGGCAACUUAGGGCGGGAGCUAAAGCAUGCUGCGGAGCGACAUAAAGCGAAGGACAACCCAACAGCGGUCGAUGAGAAGCUGGCGGUCGCGACUGCGAUCGAAGCGAUUCUCUGCUUCAUUCUGGCGUUCGUUGCAGAUGAUCAAUCCAAGAUUUUACCUGGCCAGGUUGGAGAUUCGUCGUCCUGGCUAUCGAUCCUUGCCUACUGGCGCGUCGUGAAGAAGAACAGCACGUCGUACCGGCGUCUUUACAGCCUUUGUUCAAUUCUCGGUGCUGUCUCGUACGAUGCCAUUCAUUCACUUGAUUUAGAACGUCUUGCAGUCACUCCGCUGCCAGGAGAAAACCCAGUCACGCCGACUCCGAGUUCUGAUGAGUGUAAUACCACUCGGGAGGAGAACAAAAGGAAUCGGAGAGAAAUUCAAGAGCUGAAAAGUCGAUUGCCUGAAUGCUAUAAAGAAUCCCAACGGCUUUGGCUAGAGGGCUCGCGUGGCCUUUCCGAGGAUAUAUUGACCCGUGAGUUUCCGAAUACCUGGUCGAAGCGAUCAAAAGAUUUCUCGGAGCAAGGCAAGCAGCGCCUCAAGGCGGGCAAUUACUCUGGCGAAUACUUUCUGCCCCUUGGAAAAACGAAUUCACCCGUGGAGAUUGUCCGGUUCGGAUACGCAGUUCUGAAGGAGUGGUGUAUGAACGAAGGUGUGGACUGGAGUGGCCAUCUUGAUUUAUAA